UGUGCAAAUGUUAACAGCACUUUAAUAAAUUCCUUCCUGGCAACUGGAGACUUCAAAUGGCGCUGCAGUUACACCAUUACCAGCUAUGCAUGUUCUUCAGUGGUCAACAUAACUGAAAGCAUGCUGGCUGAUCUGUUAAAGUGCCCAGUUAACAACAGUGUGAACUUCACAAAAGAAGCUCUGAAGCUGUUCUUUACCAGAGUAUCUGGAGUACUGGAUGGAGCUUUGCAUGCCUAUACUAACGAGACCACUACACCCAGUCUGUCUAAGGCUCUCAUCCUUGAUGUACUGGGAGAGUUAAGAGUUAACAGUUUCAGCCCUGAAAACUUAACAGACAUGGACUUCAUCAAGCAGUGGUUCCUAACGAGAUUCAAACCAUUCCUGGCAUCUGCAUCUGUGGAUUUCUUAUCAUGCUUAAGCACCAAAAACUUCAGCUGUGAGACAUAUCAGGCCGUAGUAACUGGGCUCAAUAACAUAUUUUCAGUUAUGGACAACAGAGGGCAGAAAUGGGGAUACACAUUUUUUAUAAAGCCCUUCUUAUCAAGAUAUAACGCAUCAGGAUCCUCCUGCACUUCCAAUAUCACCAGCAGUCGAGACUGGCUUCAGAAGAACUACAGACAGUUUGUUGUCUUUGCCAAGUACAGAGAUUUGGUUAAUUUGAACAGCAACUUCAGUGGGUUGGAAGCACUGGAUCUGCUUACCCCAGUACAGAUAGCAGAACUGACUCUGGACCCCAAAGUCGGUGCACUGGACAAAGUGGUGAUCAUGAAUAAAAUCAUUGAUGGACUGAAGAACCGUUCACAGGACAGAUCGCUUCAUGACUUCUUUACACAUUUUGCCCAUAUUACAAUGCAGAAUAACAUGACCGUCUUCAAGAACACUGCUGUGAGAAUGGCCAUGCUGGACCGUACCUUUGUCGCCCUGAGUCCUGCAUUCCCCACCUUCAGCAGUGCCAUGUGGAAAGACUGGUUCCAAACCAAACUAGUUCUGCUGCUGCCCAGUGUCAAUCCUGGCACUCUGAAAGCCAUACCAAACAACAUCACAUGUGACUCCUACCAAGAAAUAAUCAAAGGGCUUGAUGGUGUAUUCAGAUCUCUCUCUCCAGAACAGUCUCGGGUUGUGUUCAAUUUCAGCAAGAACUACUUGAUGCAGCAAUCCCCUACAGAUCCAGCUCCACUACGCUGCUACACAAAUAACAGCUUUCUUGCGUACAUGAACAAUACCUUCCUCAACUUCAGAAGUUUCCUUACUCUAACCAGCAUCCUUUCAGUGGCUCCAGAAACACGUGCAGCAGAGCUGGUGAACACUGUAACACCCACUGAGCUAAGUCAAUUUCUCAGUGUGCCUGAACGCAUUGACAGCCUCACCCUGCUCACUGAAGUUUUGAAAAACUAUACACAAUUACCUCUGUUCAUUGACGAUUUUAAUGGGAGGAUUUCACAGGUGAACAUGUCGAAGGCCAUCAAAUCAUCCAUCCUGAGGGCAGUUUGGACGACGGUUCUGAGCACUGAUAGUGAAGCUGAUCUGGAUAAAUGGUUUAGCACAAGACUGAUCCCAUACCUGGAAGCUUUCGACAAGAACCUCAUUACUUCCAGUGACACGCUGGCUGCCAAAUGCUUGCCAUUCAGGAAACUGGUUCAGGUUCUUGGAAACAGCAGCAGCUAUUAUACAGACUUCGACAGGAAGGAUGUGUAUGGCACAAUUAAGUCAUAUCUUUCAACAGGCACAAAGCCGAAGUGUUACAAUGCUGCAGACCCAGUUCUGAAUUCAACUGCUUGGUUUGCUAAUUACCUCGGACCAUUCAUUAUCUUCAGCAGCCAAAAUGACAUAAACAUAUUUGGUUCGACAGAACAACUUAAGAUCUUUGCGGAUAACUCUGACAAUCUGAAGCUCAUGAGCAAUGAACUCAUCCCUCAGGAUGUCCGUGCUCUCUACAGCUCAUUGGUGUUUCAUCAAAAUCCAGCAUUUAGUAUUACAGAGCUUCCUGGUGCGCUCCUUUGUUUUGCCCCAGACUCUGGGUACUCUUCUGUGAAACCAGCUGAGCUGCAAGCUUUGUCAGAGAGGUUGAUAAAAGCUUGUAACAAGACUCUGGAUUCUGCGCUUGACAAUGUAAGUUCGCUUACAUCUCUGGGAACCCUGGUCCAAGGCUUGCCUUCUAACACAAUUGCGAGUGUUAGCCCAGCUGUCGCUCUCAGCGCCGCAAAUGAUCCAGCUUUUGUUCAGAACAUCAUUAGAGGACCAGAAGUUCUUCAACAGAUAUUUAUUAACAAGAUCAUUACUGUGAACAGCGAUCCCAACGUCGUGUUGCAAAACAUUCCUGAUGAUAUGGCAGGUCUAAUUCCAUUGCCUUUAUUGACUUUCUCGGGAAACACAUUUAAUCUUGAACAAAUCGAAAAGAAAAAGUGGAAAAAGGAACAGGCUUCGUUGUUUUUUCACAAAUUAGCAUCCAGUACCACCAAUUACACUGAUCUUUCCCCAUAUAUACUGCAAGGAUUCAGCUGCAGUGCCGUGCAAAGCAUUCCAAACAACAACACUGUCAACAUUGUCAAGGCUUGUAGGGGUAAAAAGGUACCCCUAGUGGAGGACCAGCUGUCCUGCAUGGCUUAUCACGUCGCUGCAAAUGCAUCACCACAGGACUUCACCAGCUAUCCUGUAGACAUGCUACUCUAUUACCCCUACAGUCAGAUUCCGUCAGCAAACUGCCGAUCAUACUUUACGGAAAUUGGUGGUGCAAACUUUUAUGUUUUCUCCGAGACAUCAAAUAGACCAACUGCCCUCACAAACUCUGCUAAAAACUGUCUGGGUAUAACAGGCACCAGUCUCAGCAGUGCAGAUUUAAAUGUGCUGAACAAUAUGGUCUGUAUCCUGAAUGGAAGCUACAUUGAAAACUCGGACAAUCUAAUCUUGGAAAAACUCAAGAAGUGUGAACAACUCACUGCUGGACAAAUUGCAUCUGUUCAAAAAGUACUUUUCAGCGGCACUACAAAAUAUGGAAACUCUUCAACUUGGACACAGAAGACACUGGCAGACCUUGAAGAAUUGCCUUUGUUCCUAACAAGCGAGUUUUGGUCCAAGUUCAAGCAGGACGACAGAAAAAGCUUCCUCAAAGCCCAUAACAAUGUAAAAAAAAGCCUAAAAAAAGAACUUUUUACACAACUUGGUCUGGCAAGAAGAGUAAGACGUGCAGCUGCAUGCACUGCUGGAGAAAUAACAACGGCCAAGAUCAACGAAGUUACUUUCCCAAUUGAUUAUGAUGAGACGCAGUUCAGUUUGUGUUUGGCAAACAGCACUGUGAAAGACAACCUGGCACUCUUGACUGAAAAAGUUUUGGUUGAAAAUUAUCAGACUGUCCUUUUGCAAAAACUGAAAGAGGCGUACAACAACAGCAUUCCUGAGGAUCAACUUCAAUUGCUUGGUGCCACUUCACGAGUGGCCUCUGUAGCUGACAUCAAUUCAUGGACCAUCACUACAGCUGAUACUCUGUCAGCUUUGAUGAAAUCUGAGGAUGGCAGAUGGGAUGCAGAUAAGAGUGCAGCCAUCAUCACAAAAUAUUUAGCUGCUGGCAAAACCUUGGAUGCUGUAGCACUGAAAGCUAUUGGCGGUGAGAACCUGUGCUCUCUUAGUCUGAGCCAACUGAAAAACAUUACAGCACCGAACCUGAGAGAUGCAGGGGCUUUGGAUAUUUCUUCAUGCACUCCUGAGAAAAAGAAAAAACUGUACAAUACAGCUUCUGCAGCUUUGAUCAACCAGAGGAGUGAUGUGCUGACUUACUACAGCCUCAUCAAGCCCUAUCUAGGUGGUGCUCCUCUGGAGGAUGUACUAAGCAUUGCUCAACAGAACAUUAACAUGGACAUCACAACUUUCAAGAACCUUGACAAAGACCUUAUCUUGAAACUCAGCCCAGAUACAGUUAAAAAUCUUCUUGGCAAUAACCUGCGAGAUCUUGAAAGCCAGGUGAAUGACCCUGUGAUAAAGGAAUGGCUGUCACGCCAGGCACAGUCAACAUUGAACUCUCUAGGGGUGUCUGGAGUCACUGGAAUACCAGACCCUCUUCCUGUUGGUGUAAUAACAAUCCUGAAACCAGAGGCAGCAGGAGCGAACCAGCUCGUACCUCGUGUGCUACAGACGCUCUUCAUUGGCAUGCUGACAGCUGCAUUGCAAAAAGUUCUGUAACUUGACAUUGUUGAUGAAAAGUAUGCAUUUAUGAAACAAACUAUGUAAUAAAAUAUAUUCUGCCAA